AUCACGACCCAGGCGUCAUCCAGACCCGCACAUGCUGUUCCGAGGUCGGGUCGAGUGAACAGCCCCCGCGACACCACCGACCGGCGAUAUCACAAUAACACAGACAAAGGGUGUAAGCCGCGUGCGGCUGUCAAGCUUAAACAGGAGCCAUGUGUCGGAAUUAGAGCUCCUGCGGGGAGUUUGAGAGCAGCUCGGCUUUUUCUGUGCCGAUGGUUAGUCUGGGGAUUCCCUUGUUUUGUGUCUACUAAAUGCCAAAAAUAUUUAGAAAGGUGAACAAAUAUAGAGCUAGGGGAAAACAUCUUAAUGUAGUGUUACAAUUUAAGCAGUGAGUGAACCCUCGAAGAUUAGCUUGUGCGACUGUCCUCUCUUCGGGGUGCUGAAGCGGCAGCGGCGGACACAAGCUGGAGCCUCCCGCUGCUGUCGCUUCACACGCGGACACGUCUGUUGCUUCUUUGCAGGUGUGUUCAGAAGAGCAAGGCACUUGUGGCAUGACGACGACUAACAAAGGAAAUAAAGCCUUGAAGGUGAAGCGUGAGCCGGGGGAGAAUGGCACCACCCUCACGGACGACGAGCUGGUGACCAUGUCAGUGCGGGAACUGAACCAGCACCUCAGAGGGCUCACCAAGGAUGAGAUCGUGCAACUGAAACAACGGCGGCGCACCCUGAAGAACCGGGGCUACGCCGCCAGCUGCCGGGUGAAGAGGGUCACCCAGAAGGAGGAGCUGGAGAAGCAGAAGAGCGUGCUGCAGCAGGAGGUGGACAAACUGGCCAAUGAGAACGCUUCCAUGCGCGCGGAGCUGGACGCUCUGAGGUCUAAGUACGAGGCGUUGCAGACCUUCGCCAGGACUGUGGCACGGAGCCCCUCUGUGGGGGUCGGAGUGAGGGGGGGAGGGGGAGGAGGAGGGGGAGGCAUGGCGUCGUCAGUCAUUGGCCCGUUCAUACCGGGGAAGAUGGCAACAGCCACCAGCGUGAUCACAAUAGUAAAGUCAAAAACAGAUGCACGGUCUUGAGGGAGGGAAAGAUAGAUGAGGGGGCGCAGUCAUUCUUCUUCUCUGCCGACCACCUGUCCUCCACCUGCACUGACGUCAAACAGCUGGGCGCUCUCCAUCACAUCGCCUCAGCACCAUCACCUGUCUCAGAUCAGUGCAGCUGGAGGAAAGGGUGGAAGCAGUGGAAGAUUGUUGAGACUCUAAAGAUGCAAGUCCUUGGUCGGCGCAUGAUCAUUUAAGACAGGACAGAUACACAGGGUUUCCACGGUCACUGAAAACCUGGAAAAGUCCAAGAAUUUGAGAUUAGGUUUACACCAGGCCACGGGGGAAACAUUUAAGAAUGUCAAUGCCCAAAAUACUUUGGAAAAAUCAUUCAAACCAAGAUGUAGAACAUUUGAAUUCGCUACACUAGGCAUGUCGUGAUAACUACUUUAUUUAAAAUGUUAUUUAAUAUUCAAACAUUGGAAUUGGAAAGUGAACAACACUUAAAUAUCCUUAAUAAAUAAAAGAAUGAUUCAAAUAGACUCUCAGGCUGUGUGUUGCACAAUGCCGAAGUCCUUUUACGGGCGGGAAAAAACAUUGGCUAACAUGUUGUUUACAUUUGAAUCUUAACAAAGUCAAAUCUAGGUCGGUAAUGUAAUAUCGUGACAGGCCUAUGCCACCCAAACAAAGAUAUUCAAACACACAACAUUUGUAUUAGAGCCAAAAAGAUGGUGCUUAUGUAGUUCUCAAAAAAUCUUGGGACCCUGAGUUCCAACAGAAUACGCAAGAUUCCCCGUGACCUGCUGAUUUCAGUCCCAUCAUGCUCCACCCUAGCCAAGAACUUUUUAAGAGAAGUACUAGAGAAAAUAUAUAUUACACAAUGGUGGUGACUGUAUUUCUACUGUUUUGUACCGUGUUGUCAUUCACAUGAGGUCCAAAGUGUAUUCUCUGUGCGUCAAUUGUUAUAUCAGGAAUUCUGUGAAAUUCUGUUGCGCGUGUUUGGUAUUGCUAUAUUUAGUUAGCUGUAUUUUUGUUCACGAUCUCUUCACUUUCUAUGUACAGCUCUCUUUCUCUUACCUAUUGUUUCUCUGUCCUUCUAUUUCUCAAUUCCAACUGGUUUCCAUUCUUACACACAGUACUUCCUGGAUCCAACAGAAAGAAGGGCGAUAAGGCAAUUGAUAUUUACCAAAAAACACAACAUACUAUAGAGGAAAGGAGAUAAGGUUACUGACCUUAUCUCAGUUUAUAGGAAUCUUCAGGGAAAUGGUCUUUUGAACACCAGGGCUGAAUCAAGAUAAAGUUGUCUUCUGUCUCUCAAAAGUAUGUUGAAAAAAAUUGGAAGGGCAAGUGCCUUUGGUCUCCUGAUGAUAUGCAUCAACUCAAAGGCAAGAGGAAUUCUGGGAGGACGGUGGAGAUUCAAUGCAGUUGUUUGUUUAUAUACCUGUGCUUAAUGUGAAACACUGACCAAUCAGGAAUCAGGUUGUGGCAGCAUUUAACUGUGCGUUGUUGUAUGAGCUGUGUAGUAGCAAGAUUAUAAAAAUCAAUUACACCCAUUUAUGUGACUCGGCAGUUCAUAAACUUAAAUAUAAAUAUAUAUUUCAACAUCUAAUACUUACCCCGCAUCACCAUGGAUUCUUGAACAAAUCUUUGGGUUUUUUCGGAAACCCCCACCAUUAAUGGAGAAUCAAAAAUCGUAUAAACAUUUGGGUGAUUUUAAGUCAAUUGGGGCCACAUUUUAGAACAGCAAAGCCAAUAUAUCUGUGCUAAAACUUUACUAUUCUAUACACUUUGGACUUGCUCAAGAGUGAGACUAUUAAUGCGGAAGUGUUUUAAAUCUUAAAAUGUUUGGUAAAUUCAUGUAUUUGGAAAUGAUGGGCACACAACUGGAUAAAUGAGACUUAUAUUACACUUUACAAGUUGUGUUAGUUUGUAAACACAUUUUUACAUAUAAUGUUGCUGUUUUAAAAACGCAGCCAUUAUUAUUUGGAAAUUAAAUUGGACUUUUUUCCAUUUUUGGAUUCUUUUAUCACUGUGGGGGUAUGCUAAUUUUGUUCAAGAGCUCAAGGUAAUACAGGACGAGUCAUCACUUUGUUGGUGAAGUAUUCCUUCAAAAAGAAAAGAACAAGAAGUAUUGACAAAACCGCGCCAUUUUCUUUUACAGAACAAGCUUUUUGGAAAGUUGUUAUGAGUAAAAACCGGUUUUAUGCUAAUAAUAUGGUUUGCGUGUUUAUGAAUUUGAUUGGCUACUGACUCAAAAAUCUAGGUUAUUUCACCUACAGCAACAUUCUUGCCUCUAAUCAAAGCGGUUAAUGUUGCUUUCUCUCGCUUUGAACCACAAAGUCUUCUCACUGACUGCAGUCAGCCAGCAAUGCUUAUUCUCUGAAUGAAAGGUCACACAAAUGGGAUGUCAUGUCACAGUUUUACCAUCAAAGUAGUCUUACGUGGUGUUCUAUACUCCAAGAAUCUGUGUCUAUGUACGGUAGAGUCUGGAAUUUUAUAAAGACAAUUAUCUUUGCAUUGUUUGUAACGACCUGUAAAAAAAAAAAAAAAAAAUAGGUGUAACAAAAUCUGUUUGAUAUACAGUAUCUCUCUAUUUUGCAAUUGUACCAAAAGUGGCUUAACUACUGAAUAGCUUUGUUUCUUCUCUUGUGACCGUGAACUAGCGUGUGGUGUGCUGUGUAGGUAUGUGACGAGGUAACUAUAACUAUUUCAUGGAUAUGACUUUGAUCCUUGUUUGAUUUCAGGCCAAAGCGGGGGAUGACACUGUAGGUCACUUUCUCUAAUCAGAAGAUCUUUGUCCUCCCUCAGCUCCUGCACCGCAGACGUGUUACACCAUGUUUAUCUGCUCCUAAUCUGCACUCAUCAUUUGUACAUCUCAAGUCCAUUUAGCACAUAUUUCUGAACAGGAUGUCUGCGGCUUUAUUUUGGUCCUUGCAGCGUUAAAAGCUAGUUAUUGACCGAUGAGAUGAGGAAGUGUCAUGGUUAACCUCACAGGCUUCAUGAUAUAUCGUGUAUUCAAGUCAUCCGGUAAAGUAAUAGCGAUGUAAAACUCAACAAUGGGCCUGUGCUGCACCACCCCCUGCUCCAUCAAUAGGUUAUUUUUGUAAUGUGUGAUGAGAAAACAUCUUGUUUUUGCGGUGUACAUUUGACAUAGUUCUGUAUAUAUAUUGUUCCUGUUUUGUUUUGAUCUGUAAGUGUCAGGGAAGUGAAAUUUGUUAACGUAUUUGGUGUUUUAUGAAGUGAAAAAGUAUUCUGCUGUUUAAUGGUUUGUCUGUCAAAGAGUUAGGUUUACUUCACAAAGUCCAAUUGCCUCAACUGGAUUGUUUUUCCUUUAAACUAAUGGAAACCUGAUAUAAAUAAUUUACCGAAAUAUAGAAGCAAUUGACAUGAUAUAACGAGAGACCAUACAUGCAGCCUUUGUCCUGAACCGGUCCUUUUCCACUGUGAAGAAAACGUGGUUAACCAGCCUACUGCUGUGCAGUUAUUAAGAUGAGCGAUGUGUGUCUGAAUCGACGGUAAUAUCAAAUCAAACAGGUGAACAGUGAACAAAGGCAUUGGUAGGGAAAUGUGUUUAAAACAUAUUAUUUAUCUUUCAUCUUUACACUGUAUGUUAAGCUAACCGUGACAUUUGAGGACUACAAAUGUCAAAAUAAAAAUGUCUCAGUCAUUUUAUUGAAAUGUCUUAUCACAGGAAUAUCCUCCAUGGUAUUCAGCCACAAGCAAGUAUAGGUAUCACACCCAGCAUAUUUAUGUAUGUGCUCUUUAUUUGUAAUUUAUUUUUUAAUGUGUCCUGUUUUGUGUACUCGGAAUAAUAUUAUUAUAUUUCCCUGAUGGAGUUUUUGUAAUUUCUUUUUUUUAAAUUGUAAUGAAUUUGUUCUGGCUCAUCCUGUGUUGUGUGUGAGGUCAUAGUGGUAUCCAUUAGAGGGGAAAACCACUAAGGGUGUAUCGGUGUCAAGAAUGAUGAAACGUCCUGAUGCCUGUGAAAGCCUACGUAACACCCACUAUGAUAUGAAUGCUCCUGUUGUUUUUAAACGAUGCAUACUGUGUAAGCAAAGAUCUGUUCACAUGGUGGCUGCUGUUUAAUAGACAUGAAACAUCAUCAAGAAAAAGACCUCCUGCUCCCAGGAGGAGUGACACAUUGGUAGCUGUUGAGUGGAGUUGCCUCUUUUAUAAAAGCAGGUGUGAUGUGACAUGUUAAAUAGCUGUAGUUAUCAAUCCAUUUGUGGUUGUGAAUGCCAGCACCAGUUUGUCUCUCUUUUAUGUGUUGUGGCUUACAUUGCUUUUUUCACCAUGUCACUUAACAAUCAACUGUGAAAACAUUGAAAUCAUCAUAGAGGUUUGAUCAACUUCCAUUUGAGGAGAAGGAGAAAUCUAAAAGAACUCAAGAAAAACACGACUUUUGUCUUCCGGACUUUGUUGUAUUCCUACAGUCAGGGUGAAAUAUUUCUCCCGAAUGUUCACUCAGCAGAAACGAUCAGAUGACAAAUAGGCCGAUUAUCAGACAGAGCAUCUUGGUGGCUUUUCAUAACCGAGUUUAUGGGCUUGUUAGACAACGCUGACCUUAUUUCCCUCUGCCUGUACAGGGGUCAUACCCUCUGUAUGAAGAGACCUUUCAUUACAAAUCCAAGCUCCUAAACUUGCUUCCAUAAAUAUUUGACAGAGGCAGAAAGGAGUGGUGGAGACACAUCGGAUAAAACCCCACUCCAUUUAUCCCAGCCCUCUUUACAAAGUGUCAGCGAGUUAACUCAGCAGCACUUCUACAAAACCUCAGAUUCUUCUAGAAGACGUAAAUCAUUAACUUCUUAUCUUCCUGCCUGGAUGAACAGUAUGUAGUCAAUCAGUUGUUUUCCUGUCUACUGAUUCACGCCACAGGACCUUAAAAGCCCUUUCACCCUCCUCCAAUGCCGAUCGAUGAGAGUAAAUGAACCAAGGAUUCCUUUGAUGGUUUGUUUGGUGUUGUCAUCAAUAAUAAUGUUGGUUUUGUACUUCCUUCUGCUGCUCUCUCUUACUCUCUGCCCUUAUCAGUUGCAAAGCCUCUAGCCUACAAUACUUACCCAGAGUUUCACAUCACAUUCACUUAUUUCUAUGUUUUGCUUGUCAUUGUAACAGUCUCUCUAUUUUUACUACUUUAAUGUUUUCCCCCCCAUUAAACCAUGUGAUCAUUUGGACAGGUUAUUCAUGGAGAUAUGUUUGUGUUUCUAAAAGUAUAUUAUGGUCAGUUUAAAGCUAUAGAAAAGUAGUAACUGUGUGAAUAUGGCAUAGCCUGUUCAGAAAAAGCACUUGUAAUAGGAAAUUCUGUGUUUUGUAAUAUUUCUGUAAGGGGUGUAAUAAAUUGUUCUACGACAGUACUUUAUACGGGAAAAUACUUUAAAUGUGACAGUCUUUGUAAGUAUUUAUCUUCAACUAAAUUAUUGUACUUCUUUUUUUGUUGCAAUUUGUAGAUAUGUGAGGUGAUGAUGACAAGGUAUUGGUAACCAUGAAAUUAAAUGUUUCAUCAUCGGUCUGGUGCAUCUUUUAAUUUAUUGAUGUAUAUACUGUAUGUUUGUUGAUAAACAGCUUACUUUAUUUUGUAUAUGACCAAUAAACAUGUUUUGAAAUGGAA